AAGAGGUCCCUCUCCCUCCUUCCAUUCAUCCAUUUUCGCGUUUUUCGUAUUUCAGAUCUUUGAGUAUCUAUCAAUUUGCCAUUCUUAAGCUUUGCAUCCAAGAAUUAACACCAACAAGAGUAUCCCUAUUUGCCAUUCUGACUGAUUUCAGAGCUACUUAGUUCUUCUAUGGUGCUUAAGAUUAAUCAACAUUUGAAGACACGAGGUAGCAAUCGAUUGAGGCUUUGAUUACGAAGUACAAAGUGAGGUCUGACUACUAAAGUCCAACGUGAAGCAUUACUGUUGGAUGCUUGAAUUCACAUGCCAUAUAUAAAGGUGGCUGUAUCUGGAUUUGACAAUAUAGCAGGUAGCAUUGACUCUGCUUGUGCCUUGUUAACUGGCUGAAUUAUAUCCUCAGAGAAACUCCUCAAUUAGUGGAAGAUGAGGCUUUUGAAGGUUGCUACUUGUAGCUUGAACCAAUGGGCUAUGGACUUCGACACCAACAUGAAGAAUAUCAAGGAAUCCAUCUCGAGGACCAAAGAAGCAGGCGCUGCUAUUCGUCUUGGACCUGAACUUGAAAUCACUGGCUAUGGCUGUGAAGAUCAUUUCUUGGAGCAGGAUACCAUCACCCAUGCGUGGCAGUGCUUAAAAGAGUUAUUGGUUGCUGAUUGGACUGAUGGACUGCUGUGUAGUUUUGGGAUGCCUGUCGUAAAAGGGUCCGAACGAUACAAUUGUAUGGUAUUGUGUUUGAAUAGAAAAAUAGUGAUGAUACGCCCAAAGAUGUGGCUUGCAAAUGGUGGCAGCUGUGGAGAGCUCCGGUGGUUUACCGCAUGGAAGCAGAAAGAACCAUGUCUUGAAGAAUUUUUGCUCCCAAGUGAUGUGGCCGAGGCCUUGUCCCAAACUACGGUACCUUUUGGCUAUGGCUAUAUUCAGUUUCCAGACACAGCUGUUGCAGCAGAAAUUUGCAUGGAGCUCUUCAGCUGUGCUCCUGUUCACCCUGAACUUGCAUUGAAUGGGGUAGAAGUUUUUAUGAAUGCAAGUGGAAGUAUUCAUGAGCUGCGCAAGAUGGAGCGACGUCUUCGAACCAUAAUGAGCGCCACACAUGGCCGUGGAGGAGUUUACAUGUACAGCAAUCACAUUGGAUGUGAUGGUGGUCGUGCUUAUUAUGAUGGAUGCUCUUGUAUUAUUUUGAAUGGAGAUGUGGUUGCCCAUGGAUUACAAUAUUCCUUGAAGGAUGUGGACUUGGUGGUUGCCCAGAUAGAUUUAGAUAUGGUUGGCAGUCUACGAGUCUCUAACAGUAGCUUUCAAGAACAAGCCAGCUGCAAAACGAAAAUUCCCUCAGUUUUGGUACCCUUUAAGCUUUGCCAGUCUUUUACACUCCAGAAAUCAAUUUCGAGUCCAAUAGAGAUUCCAUAUCAUUGCCUCGAAGAGGAAAUUGCUCUAGGAGCCGCAUGUUGGCUAUGGAAUUAUCUGAGACGAAGUGGUGCAUCAGGCUUUCUUCUUCCACUAUCUGGUGGAAUUGGUAGUUCAGCUGUUGCUUCCAUUGUUGGUUGCAUGUGCCAGCUAGUCGUAAAAGAAAUCAGAAGCGGAGAUGAACAAGUCAUAGCUGAUGCUAUAAGAAUUGGCCAUUAUGCUGAAGGGAAGUUGCCGAUGGACAGCAAGGAAUUAGCUAACCGUAUACUCUACACUGUCUCCAUGGAAUCUGAAUACAGUUCCAAGCUGUCAAGGUUGCUAGCUGAGGAAAUCGGAUCAUGGCAUCUAGACGUUUCAAUAGACAGAGUUGUUUCUGCUCUACUCUCUUUGUUUCAAACACUUACUGGAAGACAUCUGCAUAACAAACAGGAAGGUGGGAGGAAUGGUGCUGAAAUCUCUGGAUUGGAAAACAUUCGAUCACGGAGCAGAAUGGUGAUUGCGUAUACGCUGGCUAUGCUUUUUCCGUGGAUUCACAACAAGCCUGGAUUUUUUCUAGUGUUGUGCAGCACCACUGCAGAUGACGGGUUGUGUGGUAACUUAACCAAGUAUGGAUGCAGCUCCGGUGACAUAAAUCUUGUAGGAAAUAUCAGCAAGAAGGAUCUUCAAGCUUUCUUGAGAUGGGCAGCUGUGAAUCUCGGCUACUCGUCUUUAUCAGAAGCUGUAGCUGCUCAUGAUCAUAGCACUGCAUCUGAAUCUCAGCAGGAUGAAUCGGGCAUAGGAAUGACUGACGACGAAAUCUCAGUAUAUUUGAGGUUGCGAAAGAACUCCCGAUGUGGACCUGUCUCGAUGUUCAAGAACCUCUGCUGCAAAUGGAGCACAAAGCUAACCACAGUUGAGAUUGCCGAGAAAGUGAAGCAUUUCUUCAGACAAUACUCAAUGCACCGGCACAAGAUGACUGUCCUAACACCGUCAUAUUUGGUUGAGAGCUCGGCGCCGGAGGAUAACAGGUCUGAUCAACGACAGUUCUUGUACAACACAAACUGGGCUUAUCAAUUCCGGGAAAUCGAUCAACUUGUGCAGCAACUCGGAGAGCCCUCGGAGACGUGACCAUUGUCUCGAAAGGUCAGAUUCAUGUUAACUUAAUCCAUCAACUUCUUACUUUGAUUGCUGUAUAAUUUCAGAAUUUUCUCCAUUGUUCUCGAAGAGAUUUGAGUCCAGACCCUGUGUUUUUAUUCUGGAAUAACGCCAAAAUGAAAACACAAACAAGCCUACAUUCACUGGGCACCUUA